GCGCGCGAGCGAGACAGACAUAAACUGUACCUUCUGUCCGUGAAUGAUGCUGCUGUGUGCCGUUCCCCCUCACACUCACAGCAGCAUCCUGCUUCCUUUUCACUGCUUCUCCUACAGCAGCAGCAGCAAAAGCAAAGCUCCUUCUAUCUUCUACUCUAACCAUUCUUCCAGAAGCUCCGACACUGCGUUCACAUUCACCAGACCAAACGUCCGCACCAAUCCAUCCUCUCCUUCUCCAUCUCCCGUCCAUCAGAGCUCCACCAACGGUAACAGCUCCACCCCCGAUGAGCAGGGCCUGGUUCCUUCCGCCGCAGCGAUCGCGGCCGCCAUCCGCCGCUCGUCUGCAUCCCCCGUCGAGAUCGUGCAGAGGAUCGCGAGGGAUGGGAAUGACGGCCUUGUCUUGCCUAGCCCCGACUUCUGCAGGCUCUGCGUUGAGCAGCUGGAUCUAUUCCGCGCCAUCGUCGAUCCCGUUGCUGUGCUCUCAGUGUAUGUGCGACCAGCUGGUAGUUAUGUAAUGGACCAGUUAGAACUACGGCGAGUCACUUUAUAUCCAGGAACGAAUGGCGCUGAAACAGCAGAAGUUGUGAUAUUGAUUGGUAAUUUUGGUAUGCCGACAGGCUUGCGUGCGGCUGAAGCUGUCCUUUCAAAUAAUCAAGUGCAAGUCAUACCCGAGUGCCAGGCUGUGGUUUUCCCCAUGGUGAAACAUCCUUUUGUUGUGGGGUUUCUUGUUGCUGAACUUCCAAUGACAGAAUUCGAGCAAUGCGUGAAUGUCCAAAAAGAUGGGCAAGGGAUACCAAUCUACCCAUCACUGGAAGAAUCAUACGGAAUCCCUUCAAAUUCUGAUAGGCAGAUGUGGGAAAUCCAGACUUUCAAGGAGGAUUGGGUAAAAACGUACCACCAGUUCACAAUCAAACAAAGAUCAAGGGCUAUUAAGAUCUCUCGCUCCUUGGCUAUGGCAUAUGUCAUGGAUCAGAAAGCAAUGUUACUUCAGCAAUCAUCGUGGCAGAACAAUGUCAGAAUGAGUAAUCUGGUUGAGCAAAUACGUGGUCCCCUUUCUAGCAUCAGGACUCUGAGUAAAAUGUUGUCUGUUCAUAUGAAGAGAAGUGAGAUCUCUUAUGAUAUCAUCGAAGACAUACUUGUUCAAGGCGAUCGCAUGAAAGAUACCUUACAACAGCUUCAGGAUGCUGUUUAUCUUACAAAGGCUAAUAUAGUGCGGUUUAAUGAAGAGACGUUGAAGAAAAUGCAUAAUUCAACUUACAACCAUCCGGAAUCAAUGAGUUCGCACUUACUGGAAAACUUUUCAGGGGAAACCCAAGAUAAUUAUGGGCGAGAAAUGGAUACAGUACUUUCUGUAGCUUCUGGAACAGAGGAUUUGCAAUUGCCUACGCCGCCUCUUGCUCUGGCAGCACUGCAACAAUUUGACAGCAGGCCAUGCAAUGUCUCUGACAUACUGGAAAAUUUGGUGGCGGCCGCUGGACCUCUCGCUCUUAAGCAGCAACGAUCACUUAAACUUAGUAAUUUCUUACAGCCACUGCAAGUUGCAGUUGAAGAAUCUUCUCUGCGCCAGGCACUGAGCAAUCUGAUAGAGGGCGCUCUGUUGCGUACAGAAGUCGGUGGCAAGGUUGAAAUUGUAUCCAGAGGAGCACCAGCAGGUGGCGCUCUUGUGGUGAUUGAUGAUGAUGGGCCUGAUAUGCACUACAUGACACAAAUGCAUUCUCUAUCACCAUUCGGGGCAAAUCUUUUCACAGACGGAAUGGUGGGACAACAUGACAUGGAACUUCAUUGCAGGAUUGACGGUUGCUCGUGAGAUCUUGGAAAGCUACGGUUGUGUCAUCCGAGUAAUAUCGCCCCGUUCACCCAAUGCUGCCAUCGGAGCUGGCGGGACACGCAUAGAACUUUGGCUGCCUGCUUUGCCAUCAAACCCAACUGAGCCCAAUCAAGAAGGG